AUGGGCGUGCCCUCGAACGACGGCACGAGCGACGCGGCGGCCGACGCCGAGUGGUGGACCCAGGGCCAGUGGUCGGUCGACGAGGAGCCGUGGUCGUCGACGAGCGGCGCGACCCAGGCCUCGUCGUCGUCGCAGGCCUUCUUCUCGCCCAACGCCGACCUGCGCGCCAACCCGUUCGACGCCAGGGACCUCACGUACCAGUCGAUCAUCGCCUCGGGCGAGGCGACGAGCGUCGAGUCGGGCGAGGGCACGGCCGGCACGAACCUGCGCAUCGGCCACGCGCGCGAGACGAACCGGUACCGCGCGACGGUCGCCGGCAUCCUCGCGCGCAGCCUCGUCUCGGACGAGCGCAGGAAGGCGGCGCUCGGGCGGGACGGUGGCGCGGCGGCAGCGGCGGCGAGCGCUCAGGGCGGCGGCGGCGGCGGCGGCGGCGCGGCGGCCAACGGGCCGCCGACCGGCAGCUCGACGGCGAGCUCGUCGAGUAAGCGGGGCUUUGCGGCGACACGCAGCCCCGGCGGCGCGUCAGCAACGAGCAGCAGCGGCGGGUCGGGCUCGUCGUCGAUGGCGCACCAAGUGCCGCAGUUUGUCGCCGCCGGCGGCCUCGGCGGCCCGAACCGCAAGCCGUACAAGAUCUUCGACGAGUCGUUCUCGCAGCGCAUCAUUGACCCGUUCGAGCCGCUCCUCGAGAUGACGGCGCGCAAGGGCGAGCAGCCGCCGCUCCUCGACCCGGAGGCCGACGACGAGGAGGAGGUCCUCGCCGGCCAGGUCGCCAACGGCAUGGUCGUCGGCGUCGAGGUCGAGGUGUGGGACGCGCCGUCCGCAGGCGCUGCCCCUGCCGCGUCGCCGUCGUCGGCGCUCAAGCAGGAGUCGUUCACCAUGGCCGCCUCGACCCAGCUCCUCGGUCUACGCAAGAAGCGCGUCCGCCGCCGCAUCGUCGAGAUCUCGAGCGCGCCCAUCUUUGCGCCCGGACCCGACGGCACCCGCGUCCACCUCGGCGGCGUCCUCGUCGUGCGCGACGUCACGGUCGAGCGCAAGCGCGGCUCGCCCGCCGACGGCCGCAUGUCGCGCAAGAAGUCGGUCGCCGAGGGCUACUACAAGCAGAUCCUCGACUCGAUCCCGCAGCUCAUCUGGCGCACGACGCCCAUGGGCUCCCACAACUACUUCAACGCGAGCUGGUACGCCUACACCGGGUCUGAGCCCGAGACGAGCCUGGGCCUUGGCUGGCAGUCGCCGUUCCACGAGGACGACAUGCCCGCCGCGCUCAAGGCGUGGAGCCACUCGCUCGCGACGGGCGAGCCGUACUCGGUCGAGUACCGGUGCCGGCGGCACGACGGCGAGUGGCGGUGGCACCUCGGCCGCGCCAUGCCGUACCGCGACGCCGACGGCAAGAUCCAGGGCUGGUUCGGCACCUGCACCGACUUCCACGAGCUGUACAACAUGCGCGAGCAGCUGCGCGCGACCCUGCAGCAGAACGCCGCCGUCGUCCAAGGCGCCGGGUGCCUCCUCCUCGCCGUCGACACCGAGCAGCGCAUCACGUUCAUGGAGGGCGCGACCAAGGACCAGAUGCUCAAGAACAACAAGGUCGUCGGCCCGAUCGAGGGCCAAGACCUCCUCGUCCUGUCGCCCGACCCGGACUUCUACGCGGCGUACAAGGACGUCGUCACCGGCAAGAUCACGCAGGGCACGACCGAGUGGACCUCGCCGCAAGGCCGCUGGUUCCGGUGCCUCCUCACGCCGCUCACCGAGACGCGCAACGGCGAGACGACCAUCAUCGGCUGCAUCAUCGUCGCGCACGACAUCAGCGACCUCGUGUCGACCCAGGCGCGCCUCCAGCAGGCGUACGAGGAGCGCGCCGAGCUCCAGGCGUCCGAGACGGCGGCGACCGAGGCGAGUCGGCUCAAGAGCGAGUUCCUCGCGCACAUGAGCCACGAGCUGCGCACCCCGAUCGCACAACUUCUCGGACUCGGCGAGCUCCUCCUUGCCGAGCAGCUGAGCGACUCGCAGCGCACGCUCGCGUCGCAGAUCCUGCGCUCGGGCGACGUCCUGCUCGACCUCAUCGGCCAGGUCCUCGACAUGGGCAAGGUCGAGGCGGGCAAGCUCGACCUCGAGAACCGGCCGUUCGACCUCAACGACCUGUCGGCCGACGUGCGCCUGUUCUCGACCGCCGCCAAGAAGAAGGGGCUCGAGUUCCGCGACGACGUCGACGACUUUAGCUCGUCCGUCAUCGGCGACAUGCCGCGCCUGCGCCAGGUCCUCAACAACGUCCUGUCGAACGCCAUCAAGUUCACCAAGGUCGGCUCGAUCACGCUGCGCGCCAAGCGCGUCGCCGAGGACAGCGAGAGCAUCACGGUCCGCUGGGAGGUCGAGGACACGGGCGUCGGCAUCCGCAAGGAGGCCAUCUCGAGCCUCUUCAAGCCAUUCCACCAAGCCGAGGUGUCGACCUCGCGCCUCUUUGGCGGCGCCGGCCUCGGCCUGUCCAUCUCGAAGAACCUGAUCGAGCUCAUGGGCGGCACGAUCAGCCUCACGUCCGAGUACGGCGUCGGCAGCAAGAUGACGGUCGUCCUCAAGAUGCCCAAGGUGCCCGACGAGCUCGUCGAGCAGACGGCGCCCGACCAGCCCGACUUUGCCACGACGCUCCGCAAAGAGUCGAUCUGGCUCCUCGUGGUCGACGACAACGAGCUGAACCGCAUCAUCAUCUCGAAACUGCUGUCCAAGAUGGGCUUCAACGUCGACAACGUGAGCAACGGUUACGACGCACUCGACGCCGUGACGCGCAAGCAGUACAGCCUCGUCAUCCUCGACAACCAGAUGGACGGCAUCGACGGCCUCGAGACCUUGGUCCGCAUGCGCAAGUCGUCCCUCACCCGCGUCGCCAACGUCAGGGUCAUUGCUCUCACGGCGUCGGCGCUCAAGGGCGACGAGGAGAAGUUCAUGGCGCACGGCGCCGACGGCUACCUCUCCAAGCCCGUCCGGAGCCACGUCCUCGAAGAGACUAUCCUGCGUGUCCUCCAGCCGCAGACGAGCGCCCUGAACCGCCGCACCUCGAGCACGUCGAACGGCACCUCGUCGGGCACGCCUGCGGCCGAGCGUGCCGGCUUCGACUUUGUCGUCGCCGAGGUGCCCGAGCACGCGUCGACGGCGCCGCUGCGCCGCCUCCAGAGCCACACCAAGUAG